CCGGUUUCCGGCUGUAUCAGUUGUGAUUUCAAACUCCUAGAAGAUUUCCCUAGCUUAUAUUGCUCCAACGACUAGUGAUUAUUGUGAUUGAAAAAAACAAUGGUUUGUCAAAGGAGAUUCCUGGAAAAGCUCGUCUGCGUUGCAAUUCUGGCCGCCAUGCUUGCCGUGGCGCUUUCGCAAGCUCAAGUUACAUUUUCCCGCGACUGGAACGCAGGCAAGCGGUCGCUAGCGGAAGCAGGCCAACCCAUGGGCGAGUGUGCUGCCAUCAGGCGGUCGGUUGCCAACCUAUGCACUGCGAUCACGCGAAAUAUUCAACAUUUGACGUUAUGCGAAUCGAGACAUCUCAUGAAAAACAUGCAAGCAGACGACUCGUCCAUAGAAAAUAGCAGUGGGAAUAAUAUGCCGCUGUUCGGAAAUAACCAGUUGUAAAUACACUUCUAUACAGACCGGAGUUUUCACAUGUUAUAGGACACGAGUAAAAAGGAUAACAAUGUACUGAUUUUUUGUAUAUCUGCUAAUAAAAAUGCAACAUAAAUAGUA